AUGUUGCACCCAACUGCUCGACUUCUUCAGGAAAUCAAACAAUCUCCAGAGCAAAUGCGCUCACUGGCCCUUGAGACAAUCAAGGUCCAGAACAAAUGCACUCACUGGCCCUUGAGACAAUCAAUGAAAUCAAACACCCCUCCAGUGAAACGCUCGUCCCUUGAGACAAUCAAUGUCAACUAUCCUGCAGAUCAAUGCCCCCAAGUCUUCACUGAUGGGUCAUACGUAGAAUGCCAAGCAAACGUUGGUGCAGGUGUCUAUUCUGAACUUUUCUCUGUCUACGCAGCAGCGGGACAUAAUAGAUCCGCGCUCUUUCUACGCAGCAGCGGGACAUAA